GCACAGUGGUCCCAUUUUGAAAAUUUGUGGACAUAGGACCGAAAGUCGGAAUUUCGACCUGAUUUGUUUUUUAUAAGAUAGCUCUUGACUAGACUAACAACUUUUAUUCAGUAGAAAAUCUCUAGGAUUGAUAGUUUUCGAGAAAAAAAAUAUUGUUUAUUUUUUUGUAUGGAACAAAAUACAUUUUAUUUUUUUUCUAGAGUUGGGCGCAUUUGGCGCGGGUUUCGCGUUCAUAGGGUGUUAGACCAAUAUGUUCUGUACCAAAAACUAAUUUUACCUUCUGCCGCCACCUGCCGCCCCGCGAAUAAAGAGUGAUUGAAAAUCUCGAAAUUAAUUGCCGAUAUUUCGUAAACUACUUGCCUUAGCUGAAUUAUUUUUAUGGGUUUGCUAUGUAUUACAUUUUAGACAACUACUAAGUUCGUAAAAAGCAGCAAAAAUAAUAAAAUUGAAACUUUUAUUUUUUUUAAUAUGAUAGCUGACGAGUUUCAGAAACUAAGGGAAAUAGUAUUAUAAGAUGCAAAUCGGUAAAGUAUAUCCUUAAACCUUUCAAAAGGUUAGUCAAAACAACAAAAACACGCAUACUUAUGCAUGCACCCUUUGAAGAUAAACAAACAAAUGAGUCAUCAUUAUACUUUGCUCCGAUUGGCUGUAUUAGCUCAGGUAGCUCGGGCGCCGGGCGUACCGUCACGUAAUGAGGUUCUAAUCAUGUGUAUUAAUAUCACACACCUAAUUGUUUGACCCCAUUCUGUUCUUGAACCUUAACUGUGAAAGGAUAUAGAAGUUACUAUUUGCAAUGGCUGGUUUUGGAAGUUAUUUAGAUUUUUUCCUUAUUUUAAGGGAAAGUGGUGAUUUAAAAGAUUACGAUCUUUUACUAAAUAAAAUUGUGUCAAAGAUACCAAACGAAAUAUCUGAAGGUGAUCGUUUAAAAAUUCGGGAAUUUUCCCGAGAAUUCACGAAGCGUUUAACUAAAAAGUGGAUUGAAGCAAACAGGUGUCAAAAAACAUUUAUGAAUCGGGAAGGAAAUCGCAAGUGGUUGGGAUCAACAAUUAAAUGGCCAAUGUGUGACACAUGUGACCUAAAUGCUAUUAUGGCUAUUCCUGGGGAAACACCUGAUGAAGACACGGAGAAUACGAUUGCUGAGUUACCGAUCGAAUCUGUCAGCACUACAGACGCAUCGACUUCGACUAGACAAGAGAAAAGGGUACCAUUUACAGAUUUAAGUAACAAGCAAAAGAAAAGACGGUCGAGCUCCUUUGUGGCUGAAAAUACCGAAGAAGAACUUCAGUAUUAUUAUAUAUCAAAGUUAAAGGAAAAUGGGAAAUCGGCUUUGGCAAAAAUUAUAGAGCAUCUUAGCAAUCACACUGAUUCAUUGGAAGAAGUAUCAAAGUUAAUAUUUAAAAAAGCGGAUAACCAAAAGCCCAUUUGUGAAGAUAAAUCUUUAGCGCUCAGCACAUCACUUGAUCUAUCAAAAUGGAAAUAUCUGGUGCUAAGGAAGCUUCUUUUGGAUGAAGGCUCUACUUCGCUGCCAUCUUACCAGAAGCUUCUUGAGGCUAAAAAACGGUGUUACCCAUCUGAAGAACACGUGGAAGUGACAGAAACAGGUGCUCGCAUCAGGUUACAAGGACUAUUGGACCACACAAUCAAAAGGAUUUUGCAAGACAUGGGACCUAUCAGAGCUUCUUCGGAGCUAAAAUUGACAUGGAAGUGGGGCCUUGAUGGAUCAUCUUCUCAGAGCCAAUAUAAACAGAAAUCAUCGAAUCUCGAAUUUGAUGAUUCGGCUCUUGUGAUGACAAGCAUAGUGCCUCUGCGAUUGGUUGACUCUGCAGGGAUGACUAUCUGGGAAAACCCAAAUCCUUCGUCUACGUUUUAUUGCAGACCUGUGAAGUUCACGUUUAUUUCCGAAACUGCCUCAAUUAUAAAGACAGAGCACUUAGAAAUGGAGCGCGAAAUUUCAGAAUUGGUACCAACGCAGUGUGGUUCUGUGGACAUCGUUCAUGAACUGCAUAUGACGAUGAUAGAUGGGAAAGUGGCAAAUGUCAUCGCUGACGUCCCUUCGGCAGCAACGUGUCCCAUUUGUCUGGCAAAACCAAGCGAGAUGAACAAUUUGGGACUUUUAGCCAUGAAACCUAUUCGCGAUGAUUUGUACCGCUACGGAAUUUCGUCGCUACAUAUGAAAAUAAGAUGUAUGGAGUGUCUGCUUCAUAUAUCUUAUAAUAUGGAUUUUCAACGCUGGAGUGCACGAGGGGAGCACAAAGCAUUGAAAGAGGCGAAGAAAAAUGCCACGCAGCAAGAGUUUCGUGAAGAGACGGGACUCCUUAUAGAUAUUGUUAAACAGGGUUUUGGAACAACAAAUGACGGAAAUACUGCAAGGCGCUUCUUCCAAGACUACAAAAGAUCAUCCAGAAUAACCGGGAUUGAUGAAAAUUUAAUUCUACGGUUUGCUGUUAUUUUACAAGUAAUAGCUUCAGAAAAGAAGAUCAAUAUUGAGAAGUUCAGAAGCUAUUGCAAAGAAACGGCAGAAUUAUUUGUACAUUUGUAUCCAUGGUACUAUAUGCCAGCAAGUGUACAUAAACUGCUGCUGCAUGGAGCAGAAAUAUGCAGUUACUUUGGACUUCUACCAAUUGGAACCUUAUCAGAAGAAGCCUCGGAAGCUCGCAACAAAGAUUUCAGAAAUGUGAGAGAAAAACACACGAGGAAAAAAGGAAGAAUCGUUGCAAACGAGGACAUUCUCCACGGACUUUUAAUAAGUUCAGACCCGCACAUUUCCCGAAUAAGGCCGAAAUUUUCAAAGGAAACUCAUCAGUCAUUAUAUGAUGAUGCUGUUAAUUUGCUUCAUUUGGAGGACCCUGACUUUGAAGAAGAGGAAUGCUCUCAAGCAGAACCUGAAGACAUUUCUGAUCCACUGGAAUAAAAAAUCGAUGGCUAGAUAAAAUCCAGCUCCCAGUUACAAACAGUCCUUUUCAGGGCUACAAUACAUCUUUAUGUUUCAAACGACAUCAUGUACCUACUUUUCAAUAGUGCGUUGGAAGUUACAUCAUUAGGUGCGGUCACAAUACGUCCAAGCUACCUGAGCUAAUACAGCCAAUCGGAGCAAAGUAUAAUGAUGACUCAUUUGUUUGUUUAUCUUCAAAGGGUGCAUGCAUAAGUAUGCGUGUUUUUGUUGUUUUGACUAACCUUUUGAAAGGUUUAAGGAUAUACUUUACCGAUUUGCAUCUUAUAAUACUAUUUCCCUUAGUUUCUGAAACUCGUCAGCUAUCAUAUUAAAAAAAAUAAAAGUUUCAAUUUUAUUAUUUUUGCUGCUUUUUACGAACUUAGUAGUUGUCUAAAAUGUAAUACAUAGCAAACCCAUAAAAAUAAUUCAGCUAAGGCAAGUAGUUUACGAAAUAUCGGCAAUUAAUUUCGAGAUUUUCAAUCACUCUUUAUUCGCGGGGCGGCAGGUGGCGGCAGAAGGUAAAAUUAGUUUUUGGUACAGAACAUAUUGGUCUAACACCCUAUGAACGCGAAACCCGCGCCAAAUGCGCCCAACUCUAGAAAAAAAAUAAAAUGUAUUUUGUUCCAUACAAAAAAAUAAACAAUAUUUUUUUUCUCGAAAACUAUCAAUCCUAGAGAUUUUCUACUGAAUAAAAGUUGUUAGUCUAGUCAAGAGCUAUCUUAUAAAAAACAAAUCAGGUCGAAAUUCCGACUUUCGGUCCUAUGUCCACAAAUUUUCAA